GUCGGCGAGGGCUCCCGAUGGACCCCAAGUGACCUUGUAGGGAACGAAUGCAGAACAUAGAAGAGAACAGCAAUCGUCCUAAAAAGCAGAACUUGUCACAUUCCCGUGAAGACCACAUCGCAUGAAAGUUUGGUUGACUUCAAGUUCUGUACUGGUCACCGCAUCAGCCGUUAAAUCGUUACCCCCUUCGACGUUCACACUCUACCUAACAAACACCCUAUUGAGACCAACAUGUCGCAACUCGGUUUAACCAACACAAUCACGACUGCAACCGGCAUCCUUGGGUGUGCCUGGUAUGCUGGCGUAACGGCAUCGUUGUCCAUUUUCAGCAUCCCCGCCAUCCUCCAAACCGGCUCGGAGCCAGCCCAUGCACUGAGGCUGUGGCAACACCUCUUUCUGACCGGCCACUCGACCGGCCCCAAAGUAGCGCUCGUUACCUUUCUGUCAUUGGCCUACUCGGCGUAUGACCGUUUCCACCAGAGUGUCGCGUGGAAGCCGUACGCCGCCGCCGGAGCCCUGAGCCUCGCCAUCGUGCCCUUCACCCUCAUCGUCAUGUCGCCGACGAACAACGCACUCUUGGCUGGUGCGCAGGGCGCCAGUACGCUUGGGCUGUCCGAGAUCACAGAGCUGCUGACGAGGUGGCGGGCGCUCAACGUCGUCAGGAGCUUCAUUUCUCUCGCCGCCGCCGCCGUCGGGUUUUGGUAUGCGGCUUUUCAAUAAGCACGCGGUAGGUCUGCUUCUCGUCGAAGCAUGUCGAUCGUCACCGUGAUGGGGGCGGGGGGAGAAGAGGGGCGAUAGCCCGGAGAGGGGCAAGGCGAUGGAUGGCACGAAACCAGAUUCACGUUCGAUAAAGAUGGCGCUGAAGACGAGCCUAUGUGCAGUCCGUAAUGUUCGAAUACCGCCAUCGUGUGUCACCAAGCGGUGCCAAUAGAAAUGAUUAUACACGGCAGACGUAAUGUACAACAGCAGGUUCCUCCUUGUUCGUUCAUCUUUGCUCAUCUUGCUCACCGCCAGAUGAGCCUGUCCCGAAACCUUGGCUCCGACUGCAUCUUACGCGGCUGCCACAGUGGCUAGGACGGAGACGUGGGGUUGCCAGAGUGAAGCACAGUUGCAGUGCUCUGCUGUGUCAGGCCCCGUGCAAAAUGCGCUGUUGCAGCUCACAAUCC